AUGAAAAAACAGGCUGGGGACCUGUUGGUCAGCUCGGAUGAAGAAGAAGAAGAAAUGUCUACUUGCUUGCCUUCAACAAGUGGAACCUCAAAGCCAUCUGAAAUGACUGCACCACCAAAAGCCCCUGAAGAACCUGCCUCAGCUACAAAAACACCAGAAGGUUCUAUUGAAACAAUGGGAGUGAAGCUUUCUGGUUUCAAUACUGACUUAACUCUAAAAUUUCUGAAUGGGCAAAUCUCAUUCAAUGAAUUCAGUGCUGAGAUGGACAAUCUGCAUCAGGUGGAAACGACCAGAGAAGCAGGCAUGGAGACUGAUGGCGAAGAUCUGGAACCUGGGGCCACAGAACAAGAGGAAGAAGAGGAGGAAGAAGAAGCUGGUGAAAAUGCAAUGGAAGUUGACAGUAAGGAUGAAGAGUGGAGUCCUGCCCCACGUAAAAGAAAACGAAAACAUAUGAAAAAACGUCGAAAGAAAACAGAAUUGCCAAAACACUUACAAGGUUUGAUGGGAGAAGCUAAUUUGAAAUUUGCUCGUGGGGAUCACCAGGAAGCCAUCAACAUGUGUCUGGAAGUUAUACGUCUUGCACCCCAAGCAAUUAUACCUUUCCAAACUUUGGGCAUGCUGUAUGAAGAAAUGGGUGACCUGGAAAAGUCUUUACAGUUGUACUUGAUUGCAGCUCAUUUAUGGCCUAACGAUCCUGAAGAGUGGGCUCGUUUGGCUCACAUGUCCAAAGAACUUAACAACCCACGCCAGGCAAUUGCCUGCUACAGCAAAGCUAUUCGAUGUGACCCUUCAAAUCCUGAUUACAUUUGGGCCAGAUGUAACCUCUAUGAGCAAGUUGGUGAACAUACCAAAGCACUGGAAGGUUACCAAAGCAUUUUACAACUGAUGACUGUCUCUGGGGCAGAUGCAGAAGACUAUUGGCGUUUGGCCAGAGAUACAUCAAGGGCUUAUCUUGAGCUUGGUGAUUUAACCAAUGCUUUGUCCACCCUACAGAAAGCCUGCAAAAGCUACCCGAAUUUAAUCACUUCUGAAGAUAUCAACACAAUCCUUGAAAUGCAAAUUUCCCAGAAGAUCUUUGUUGAAUCUCUUGAGUUAUUGGUGAAAUUUUGUGGUGUGGUUUUUGAAUUUGAAAAAUUCAACUGGAGCUGUGAAUCCCUUUAUGUCCCAGAUGGUCUACAAGAUGGCCGUCUGCUGCCAGUCAAAUGCACUGCUCCUGAAUUAUUGCCUAUUGAUCUUCGAGCCAAAUUAAUUGUGUGCAUGAUUCAUUUAAAGCAUCACAAAAUAGUUGAGCCUCUGAUGCAGCCUUUGUUUGAAGAAAAUAUAGAACAAGUUGGUGAUCUCUAUUUGGAUGUUGCCGAGGCUUAUAUGGAAAAUGCUCUUUAUUCAGAAGCAAAAUCUCUUUUCUCGGUGUUGGUCUGUUCCAGCACCUACAAUGAGGCGGCUGUCUGGUUAAAGUAUGGAGAAUGUUUGAAUUGUCUUGGAGAAUUGGAGAAUGCUGUGAAUUCCUACAAAAGAGUGGUGGACCUUGCACCAACUCAUUAUGGUGCUCGUAUUUCACUCUCGGCCCUGCAACAACAACUUGGGAACUCUUCUGAUGCAGUCAAGGCCCUCACAAUUCCUGCUCCUUCUGAACCCGGGCAAAUAAGACAGGAUCAUAUCUUGCUUGUCCACAAAUGCCAUCUGCUGUACUCUCUUGACCGCUUCGAUGAAUUCUAUGAAUGCUGUCAACAACUUCUCUUUGGGCAUGUCAAAGAAGAAUGGAAACCUGUUUUCAGAAAAGUAAUUUUUGAAUUCAUGAGUCGGAGAAGUCGAGCUGAGAGCCUUGAGUAUUUUUAUCAGCACAUUGGCGGGAAAGACUAUUUUAUGGAAACUUCAAUCUCCACCGAUGAUAUCUGGGAUAUCUUUUUAAUGCUGUGUCGAGGCCUGUGGGAGAGAAAAAUGUAUAAUCAAUUACUUGAUGCCUGCAUUCAUGGCUUGACGAAUCCACAAAUCCUCACUGAUGAAGAAAAGUACAAGGAAGCUGAGUUUUUGUGCUUGAUUGCUUGUAUCCAAAGCAGGAAUGGAAAACUGGCCUACAAUCUGAUACGUGAAAUAUGUGUCAAGGACAUCGACAACAACCAGGCUUGGAAUUUGUUUAAUCAGGUCAUCAUCUGCUCCUCCGAUGGACGUCAUAACAGAUUUUGUCUCCGAUUGAUGAUGAAGCACCCUGACAAUCUGGCCCUAGCCUUGUUCAACGCACAUAAUUCUAUGGUAUCUGGGACAUAUAAACAUUCUUUAGGUGAAUAUGUGAAUGUUUAUCGAAAGCAACCCGAGGACCCCUUACUCAAUCUUUGCAUUGGGCUUGCAUUCACGCACAUGGCUUGUCAGAAAUUCUCUUCAAAGAAACAUGCUUUAUUAGUACAGGGACUUUCAUUCCUCAAUAGUUAUGUGGAGCUGAGAGGAGAAUGCCAGGAGUCCAUGUAUAACAUGGGUCGUGUCAUGCACCAACUUGGUCUGACCUAUGCUGCGGUUUUCUACUACAAGAAGGCUCUUGCUCUCCCACCUGCAGUUGGUGAAAGAGAGGGAUUGUUUGAUCUCAGCCAAAUAUUGUGUCAUCUGAGAUCCACUAUGAAAAGACUGCAACCCCCUUGA